AUGGAAUAUAGAUACAAUACAGAUGUUUCUGCUUAUAAAUAUUCUGUAUCAGAUUUAGUAUUAACAAGAGAACAGCGAGAUUUUUAUGAAAUAAAUGGAUAUUUAUUAAUUCCUAAAUUAAUUCCUGAUUAUUUGUUGGACAGAUGCUGCAACCGAUUUAUGGACUUAUGUCAUGGCAGAGUUCCACGGAAUGAAAUAACUAUGAUGAAAGACAUAUCCCGCAUGAAAUUAGGUAAUCAAGGAGAAUACUUAUUUGGUAAAGCACAGGAUAUUCUCUGGGAUGAAGAAUUUUAUGAGUAUGCUAGAUUUCCAAAGAUGUUGGACUAUAUAGAAAGCUUUAUUGGACCUAAUGUUAUGGCUAUGCAUUCAAUGUUUAUUAAUAAACAACCAGAUAUUGGUACCAAUAGCUCUCGCCACCCAGUUCAUCAAGAUCUUCAUUAUUUUCCAUUCCGUCCUGCCAAUAUGAUUGUAGCGUCUUGGACAGCUUGUGUUCCAGUUACUGUGGACAAUGGAUGUCUAUAUGUAUUACCAGGAACACAUACCGGUGAUUUGUACCCUCAUAACUAUCCAGAACCCAAAGAUGGAGAAAUAAAUAAAAUGUACCAUGAAGUAAAGACAAACAAUAAUCAUGAUGAUCAUAAAAAGGUGUUUUUGGAAAUGGAUAAAGGUGAUACAGUAUUUUUCCAUCCUUUGUUGCUUCAUGGAUCAGGAAUAAAUAAAACACAAGGUUUUCGUAAAGCAAUUUCUGUUCAUUAUGCUUCAUCCAACUGUAAUUAUAUAGACGUGUCUGGUACAACUCAAGAUAACAUAAAAAAUGAAAUAAUUGAUGUAAUGGCUAAAAAAGGAAUAACAAAUGUUGAUUACACGUUUGCCUGGAAACAUCGUUGUCGACUUAUUCGGGGAAACAAAGCAAAUUUGUAG